GUUGGGGAUGAGGAUUCAACAACAAUAGGACGAGUACGGGCAAACAUCAGUAAUAGCAUUGAAAAGAUAUCUGAUAGAAAUCACUUAAAGAAGAUUCUUGGAAACAGUCUUUACUCUCUCAAGAAAAAUCAUCCUGUAUUAACAGUUAAAAUAAUCAAAUAUUUACAAAGUUGCUUUAACUAUAUAAUAGCACAAGGUGAAGGUAAUCCAGAACAAAUAGCAAAAGAUCUCAAUGCACUUUCGAAACAUCCUUUUGGCGAUCACCAAUGCUGCUUAAGUCGAUGGUGUAAAUUUCUCAGCAAUCCAAAGUCUGUUUUUAAAUCAUUUCCUCAAGGAAAACCUCUGUCAGGUGCAAGUCUACAAAAGUCUCUGGAAAGUGUUUUUGAAGGAUAUGCUAAGAACAGCCUUAAAUUGUCAACUGUCGGAAGUACUCAAGCUAAUGAGAGUUUCAACAGAAUGGUUUCUGCUAAAGCACCAAAGCAUGUUCAUUACAGUUCUUCUGGAAAUUUGAAUUACAGAGUUGCAGCAAGUGUUGCCCAGAAGAACACAGGUCACAGAUACCUAGUUAAUGUUAAUAAGAAGUUGGGUCUUUCACCAGGUUACCAUACUCAGCGCCUUGCCAGAUUAAGAGAUUAUCAGCGAUCAAAGCAGAGGGCAUUGGCAACUACAAGAGCAUUUAAAAGAAAACGACUGGAAAAGAAAGCUAAGAUGCACCAAAAGCUUGCAUCUGCAGAAGUCAGAGAAGGUGUCUCCUAUCAAACAGGAUGUUCUCUUGAUGCAGCAAUAUCGGAUGAUAUUCAGUCUAUUCCUGCACCAGUUAUUACUCCAGAAUAUCUUCCUUUGGAACCAAAGACCUUGAAUGACAGUUGCAUGACAUACUUUGAUGUUGAAACAACAGGACUUGGCAGAGAUUCUCACAUAAUACAGUUGUCUGCUGUCAACAGCCAAAACACUAAAUUCAAUAGAUACAUAAAACCAGCUAGACCAAUAUUACCCCAAGCCUCAGAAGUGACUGGUUUGAAGUUUCAAAAUGGGAAAAUGUACCAUGACGAUAGAGAAGUUCAGAGUAUUGGAAUUUCUAAUGCCUUAACAGCUUUUAUUCUCUUUCUGAAAGAAAUUCAUAACACCGUACUUGUUGGGCAUAACUCCAAAAUUUUUGAUGUUCCAAUAUUAAUUAAUGCACUUGAAAAACAUGGUCUACUUAUUAACUUUAUGUCAUCAGUAAAAGGAUUUAUUGACACACUUCCUCUUUUCAAAGAGUGUAUACCAAAUCAACCGUCAUAUUCACAGCCAAAAAUUUAUAACACUUUAUUUGGUGAACUGUAUAGCGCUCAUGAUUCAAUGGAAGAUGUUGUUGCUCUACGUCGCUUAUUUGAAAAAAUAUCGCCUAGUCUUGUAUUGAAAUCCAAAUUCUCUGGCACUUAUGAAUCUCUAAUGCAGUUGUAUCAACACAGAAACUGUACAAAAGGUUUGCUUACAACACUGAGACCUCUAACAAAUAGCAAAACUAUAACGAACUGUAUGGCAACGAAAAUUGCUAGUAGUGGAUUAGGUCUAAGCCAUCUUCAACUGGCACAUAAAAGAGACCGACAACAAGGAAUAGAGAAUCUAUUUACAGAACUAUGUGCACAUCCAUCAAAAGUUCGUGUUACAAAGUCAAAAAAAAUAAUACAGGCAACAUCAACCUAUCUGAAUGACUUGGAGGAAUGA